AUGGUAACGUGGAUGUGUUAUGGAUGGAAGAAUUUUAAGGAGGAAAUAAUAUCACGAUUUGCUGGUGCAUUAUUUACAACAUUAUUGCCACCGAUACAUAUAUUAACGUUAUGGUAUUUUUGGUCACAAUAUUCACGGCGUGUUGACAAGAUAAAUUGUUCAUGUUCGUGUUGGGAUACCGUUUUUAAAGGUACAUAUGAAUCGGGCAUUGCAUCAUAUAAACAUUUUUAUUUUAAUGCAACCAAUAAUACAUUUAAAAUAUGGCUAAUUGCAUCGUGUGGUAUAUUAAUAUUAUACGAAACACUACGUCAUUUAGUUACAUUAAUGUUACGACAUAAAUUACGAUAUUCAAUGGCAAUACUAUUUUUAUCAUCAAUAUUUCCACAUUAUUAUUCAUGGUGGAUUUAUAUGAAUUAUUAUAACGAUGAAUUCUAUUCACAAUGGUUACAUCAAACAUUUUUUACAAUUACUGAAUUGUUAUCAACGAUAUAUGUUAUACAUUUAGCGAAUAAGGAUUCAUGUGUUACGUCACGUAAAGUCAUGUUAAUUGUGGGAAUUGCACUUGUACAUAUAUUUAGUAGCGCUGGUGAUCAAUUUAUUUUUAAUGUUAUACGUGGUCAAGGGUAUUCCCAUCAGAUUGUUCGUGAUUUAAGUUUUAUGGUACCUGAUAUUUUGCAUCUAUUGCUUCCAAUUUGGCUGUUACGACAUACAAGACGGAAGUAUGUAUCGUUAAUUGGCCCGCGAUCAUAUUGGUGCGAUAGUCAUUUACGACGAGAUAUUGCAUUAACAUUAAUUUUAGUAAGUUUCGGAGUACUAUUUUGUUCAUGGCUGUAAGUAAAAUUUUAAUAAGAAAUCUACUGAUAAUGAUAUCUUCAAGCACAAUUUUCA